AUGAUUGCCCUCCUCUUCUUCUCUGCCCUGCUGUGGGAGAAGGCUGGAGCGUGGGGGUUCAAGGAUGGAGUGCUGCACAACUCGAUUUGGUUAGAACGAGCAGCUGGAGUGUACCACAGGGAGUCACGCUCGGGCAAGUACCAGCUCACCUACAACGAGGCAAAAGCGGUCUGCGAGUACGAGGGAGGACACCUGGCCACCUACCAGCAGCUGGAGGCAGCCAGGAAAAUAGGUUUCCACGUGUGUGCUGCUGGCUGGAUGGCAAAGGGCAGAGUUGGCUAUCCCAUAGUAAAAGCUGGAGCCAACUGUGGCUUCGGGAGAACCGGGAUCGUCGACUACGGGAUUCGCCUCAACCGGAGCGAGCGAUGGGAUGCCUACUGCUACAACCCCAACGGAAAAGAAUGUGGUGGAGUCUUCACAGAUUCCAAACACAUCUUUAAGUCACCAGGCUACCCAAAUGAGUAUGAAAAUGACCAAAUUUGCUACUGGCAUAUCAGAGUGAAGUAUGGACAACGCAUUCACCUGCAGUUCCUGGAGUUUGAUGUUGAAGAUGACACUGCUUGCAUGGCUGAUUUCCUGGAGAUCUAUGACAGCUAUGAUGAUGUCAAUGGCUUCGUGGGCAGGUUUUGUGGAGAUGAGCUGCCAGAUGACAUCAUUAGCACAGGCAAUGUUAUGACCUUGAAGUUUUUGACAGAUGCCUCAGUGACUGCUGGUGGGUUUCAGAUUAGGUAUACGACCAUGGACACACCUUCAAAGCCAAGUGAUGGGAAGAACACAACAUCCCAAGGGAAACACAACUUCUUAUCUGGAAAAUUUGGUAUUAUGUGA